ACUCCGACUUCUCUCUCCCUCACAAUGCCGCAAUGCUUCUCUGUUUCUCUUCUAUUCAGCUGUUAGUAGAAAGAAACAAAGAAGUAUUUGCUCCAGCCCAAACUUAAAAAAACAGAGAGAAGGAAGGAAACUAUUCUAUGUCCAAAUAUUGAGAUUUCUAGAAUUAUUUUUUUUUCCUUUUCAGCGUAAUCCCUUUAUUGAUUAUUCACACUACAUUUUCCAUUUUAUAGAUUAUGAAUCAGAUCUAUCUCAGUUUUCCAUAAAUCCAAGAUAAAGCACAUCUAACCAAUCCCCUGUUUCUCAAUCUCCCCUGUUUUUUUUCUUCUUCUUGAUUUUCUUUCAGGAAAAAAAAAUAAAAAUAAAAAUGGGUGAAGUCUCUGCAAAAAGCUUGAUAGUGGAAGCUUUGCCGGUGUAUAGAGGACCGGGGCAAAUUGGUGUUUUGUGGGAUCUAAUAAGGGCGCCAUUGAUAGUCCCAUUGCUGAGAGUGAGUGUGUACAUUUGCUUAGCCAUGUCCAUAAUGGUGUUCUUGGAGAGGCUUUACAUGGGUGUUGUUAUUAUUCUGGUCAAAUUGUUCUGGAAAAAGCCGGAAAAGAGAUACAAAUAUGAGCCCAUGUGUGAUGAUGAUGAUGAUAUAGAGAUGGGCAGUGAAGCCUUUCCUACUGUUCUUGUUCAGAUCCCUAUGUUCAAUGAGAAAGAGGUUUACAAGAUCUCAAUUGGUGCUGCUUGUAAUCUUUCAUGGCCUUCCGAUAGAUUGGUGAUUCAAGUACUUGAUGAUUCUACUGACCUUAUCAUCAAGGAUAUGGUUGAGAAAGAAUGCAUUAGGUGGGGUAGCAAAGGCAUUAACAUUAGAUACCAAAUUAGGGAGACAAGAGGAGGCUACAAAGCAGGUGCCCUAAAAGAGGGUUUGAAGCAUGAUUAUGUCAAGAAUUGUGAGUAUGUUGUCAUAUUUGAUGCUGAUUUUCGGCCCGAACCCGACUUUCUCAGACGGGCCGUCCCUUUUCUGAUCCAUAACCCUGAUAUUGCUCUUGUGCAAGCUCGAUGGAGGUUUGUGAACGCUAAUGAAUGCUUGUUGACAAGAAUGCAAGAAAUGUCUUUGGACUAUCAUUUCACUGUGGAGCAAGAAGUGGGGUCCGCUACUCACGCCUUCUUUGGCUUUAAUGGGACUGGUGGAAUAUGGCGAAUUGCGGCAAUAAACGAGGCCGGAGGAUGGAAAGACCGAACGACAGUUGAGGACAUGGAUCUUGCCGUUCGAGCUGGUCUCAAGGGCUGGAAAUUUCUAUACUUAGGUGACCUUCAGGUGAAGAGUGAACUUCCAAGUACAUUUAAGGCCUUCCGUUUCCAACAGCACAGGUGGUCUUGCGGUCCGGCUAAUCUUUUCCGCAAAAUGGUUAUGGAAAUUGUUACUAACAAGAAAGUGACGCUUUACAAGAAGUUUUACGUGAUCUACAGUUUCUUCUUUGUGCGAAAGAUCAUAGCCCAUAUGUUCACUUUCUUCUUUUAUUGCGUUGUGUUGCCAUUGACGAUUCUUGUACCGGAGGUCGAUGUCCCUAAAUGGGGAGCCAUUUACAUUCCAUGCAUAAUCACCACCCUCAACUCUGUUGGCACUCCAAGGUCAUUCCAUUUGUUGUUCUAUUGGGUCCUUUUCGAGAAUGUCAUGUCCUUCCAUCGAACAAAAGCCACUCUUAUCGGCCUAUUGGAGGCCAAGAGAGCGAAUGAAUGGGUUGUGACCGAAAAACUUGGAGACACCCUCAAGAACAAAUCCAAAAACAAAUCAAGUGCACCUAAGAGGUCCCUAUCUAAAUUCCUUGGAGAUAGAAUUUUGGUACACGAGCUCGGUUUCGCAGUGUUUCUAUUCGUAUGCGGAUGUUAUGACUUUAUGUACGGAAAGAACAAUUAUUUCAUAUACCUUUUCCUUCAAGUCAUCACUUUUACGAUUGCGGGAUUUGGCUAUGUUGGCACCAUUGUCCCAAGCUCUUAAUUCCGGCAUUUGGGUAAAAUUGCGCCAAACGAUCGUUGCAAGUGUUUUUAUAUUACACAAGUAUGUAUACUACAGUUGAGUAUGUUUGGUAAACAACAUAUAUUUCAUCUUGAUCGAUAGAAAAGGAGCAUCAAGAUACAUGUAUUAUGUAAUAGAGUUAGACAAGUAAUGUGUUGUUUUUUCUUCUUUUUAAUUUAUUUUAUUUUAGCUUAGUGUGUUUGUUGUGUGACAUUGUGCUACAUUAUUGUUCUGUAACAUUAUUGAUCGGCUUAGUGAAAAGGAACUAAGCUGACUAUUGUUGUAAUGCAUAUAGUUCGUACUGAAAAGUACUUAAAAUUUUGCUUGCUGCUUGUUACUUUUAA